AUGCUCAAAAUCGUAGGCAUUGUCAUCUAUGUUGUGGAAAAUACCGGCUUUAAGCACUCCCCGACGUACAUAAGCGGCGAAGGGCCCAUCAUUGCGCACGCCCUUUCCCAGAACGUUCGCCCCGUGAAUAACCCCAUCGGCAGUCAUGUUGCGCUUGAUGUGGGAGAAAAUCCCGGCCUUCUCUUCCAGUGUUGCUGGAAUGCAGUGCAAGAGGUAGUACAUGGAAAUGGAAUCAAACUUUUCUGUAGUGGGGAGCGGCUUCAAGAUGUCGGCUUGGAUUCCGCGCGCAUCUAA